ACUCAGAGGAGCCGGGAAAAGUGGCUUCAAACUGAAAAGCACGCUGGCUGCACGCAUUCAGGAGACGCUCAUGUACGGAGAAGGGACGCUGAGAGAUAGUCUACCUCUGACUGAGCCACAGUGUGUGUGUUGUUGUUGUUGUAUUAAGACGGGUUGCGUCAGUUAGUAACUUUGCAUUGGUUGAGUUUGGCUUUUUUUCUUUCUGUGUCAUUCCAAUCUAAGCUGAUCCUCUCACUCAUCAAGUCUCGGAACCUGCUGAGUGCGCUCACUGGAUGCUUUGGGCGAACAGGUGGCGCAAGCUCCGGUUCUCUUAAUUUGCUAUUAGGGCCGAGACGCAGACAGAGCGGAGUGUUUAUUCUCUCCUACCGGACGCUAAGCAUUUAAUACCUGGCUUUAAGCUGGGCCGAGGGACGAGCUGCGUAAGUCUUCACCCUCCCUUGUUAAAAGGAGUUAUUUGACAAGGGAGCUGUGAUGCCAGUUGCCGACAGCGACAUGGUAGUGGACAACAGCCACGGGUUACACGAGGGGAAAACCCCAAACGAUGGCAUCCUCCCGGCCUCCUUAUGCAGUCCCGCAGCGGACAUCCUCAAGAACUUUUACCACACCAAACGGGUCGGGAACUAUCUGAUUGGGAGGAAACUGGGAGAGGGGUCGUUCGCCAAAGUUAGAGAAGGUCUCCACGCCUUGACUGGGGAGAAGGUGGCGGUGAAGGUUAUCGACAAGCGGAAGGCCAAGAAGGAUUCGUAUGUGACCAAGAACCUGCGGAGGGAGGGCCACAUCCAACAGAUGAUCCGCCACCCCAACAUCACGCAACUGCUCGACAUCCUGGAGACGGAGAACAGCUACUACCUGGUGAUGGAGCUGUGUCCCGGUGGCAACCUCAUGAACCGCAUCUACGAUAAGAAACGCCUGGAUGAGAGGGAGACCCAGAAAUACAUCCGGCAGUUGGUGCUGGCCGUUGAGCACCUGCACAGGGCGGGUGUGGUGCACAGGGAUCUGAAGAUAGAAAACCUCCUGUUGGAUGAGCAGGACAACAUCAAGCUCAUAGAUUUUGGCCUCAGUAACUGCGCUGGUAUCCUGGGAUACUCAGACCCGUUCAGCACCCAAUGUGGAAGUCCAGCAUAUGCUGCCCCAGAGCUGCUAUCCAGGAAGAAGUACGGGCCGAAGGUGGAUGUCUGGUCCAUUGGUGUGAACAUGUACGCGAUGUUGACCGGGACGCUGCCGUUCACCGUGGAGCCCUUCAGUCUCCGGGCCCUGCACCAGAAGAUGGUGGACAAGGAGAUGAACCCUCUACCUCCCUCACUCUCCACAGCUGCCAUCUGUCUUCUGAAGAAGCUCCUUGAGCCAGAUCCCAACAAGCGUCCUAAUAUCCAUCAGGUGAUGGCUGACUCAUGGCUACAGCUAGCCAACAAGAACACAGGAGCACCGUACCUCAACAGGAUCCACAUCGAGGAAAUCAACCACACGGUGUUGCUGCACAUGACGGAGAAGAUGAGCUACAAGCACAGCGAGGUGCUGAGCGCCGUCCUAACCAACCGCGCCUGUCACACCCUGGCUGUCUACUUCCUGCUCAACAAGAAAAUGAAGAGACUCUCUAAAGAGUACAGGGAGAUGCAGUUCCAGGAGAAGAAGAAAGGUGAAAAGCAGAAAAGCGAAUACUUCCAGACACAGUGGAGGAAGCACGUCGACAAGCUCACCAUCCCCCCCAAACAGACGCCCGUCUACCUGGCUGUUAGCAAGGGGCCCAGCAAGGAGAAGAAACACAGAACAGGUCUCUUGCGUGCCAUAACCGGUGGCCAUCGUAAUUCACCUCUGGCGCCACCCGGCACUGUUGCUUCUUCCUCUAUGGAGUAUCUAGAGAUCCAGCCUCUCUUUCACAACACCCCUCAGCAACGGAGGCGCUUGGCCACCCUUCCGCAAGUCAACACGAGCCCAGAACACAACAUACCCGCUCCACCAGCGCCAUCACCGAUCGGCAUGCAUUCCUUCGGCUCCCUCUCCAAAGCUGAGCAAAUCGAAGACACCCCGGCUUCACCCUGGUACAAACUGACCAACGGGACUCUGUCCCCGCCCCGCCACGUCUCUGCCUUCCAACCUGACUCCUCUUACUUGAAGAAGGCCACCAUCCCCAGUCCUCCCGUCCUCAUUGUAAACCCACAGCCCAAGAAGAGCAACUCUUCAGAUUGGUGUGGGUCCUCUGACACCAGUGGCAGCCCCCCCAGCACCAUAGGAAGCCCCCCGGGCCACUCGGCUUUCAGCCCUCCGAAGUCCGCCUUUAGUCCCCUUAACCCCACCUCAGCGUUCAGUCCUCCUUCAAACAACAGCAGCAGCGAUCCCGACAGCCCAACGCACCGCAGCAAGUUCCCCUCUAUGGGAAUUGGACAGAUCCUAAAGAAGAAGGUCCAGCUGCAGCCGUUCAGUUUCAGACCGGAACAGGUUGUCGAGGAGGUGGUGUCACCACCUCCGUACCCCAUGCAGACUCUCCUAUGUGCGUCUGGGGCGCUCAAGACCCUCUGCUGAGGGAUACAUGACAAAAGAAAACGAAAGAAAAGACAGACUGAACUCAAGGCCCCUCUCAACAUUGUUUGAGUUGGAGAGGUCUUCCAGAGCGGCCUUUUGAACUGUGAACUGUCCCUUUAUUGCGACUGAGCCACUUUUUUUUUUCAUUUAAAAAAUAAAAAUAAAAAAAUAAGAAGGGAUUUAAAAGUGUUUUAUCUCUUGUUGCCACUCUCAUUAUGUACAAAGAAGUGGUGACACUGAGAAGAUGAGAUUUGAAGCAGAUCCCUGAAGGAUGACUAAACCUCACUGUGUCCUAGAUACAGAGUGGACUUUGGGACGUCAUGUAAUAUGGGCCUUGCAAACAAGGUGUACACACACACGCGCACAUGCAUACACACACUGUAAUAUACACUGAGUUAAGAGAUACUCUCUUAUGUAAUAUUGCUGUACCUGGUUACUAAUUGAACCGCAAACUGAUUCACACCAGCUAACAGACCUCGACCCUAACCCUGAUUACAUGUAUAAGUGUUUUGUCUCCGUGAAAACUCUCUUAAGAUACCCACUUGACUUCCAGCCAGCUGGCACUGCCUCCUCAAUGCUGCCUGGACUGCACUAUUCUUGUAAAACCAAAACCUAUAGUACAACAAUGUUUACCAUCUUUUACCUCACUGCAUUAUUCAUGCAUUAAUGUAUGUAACAGUCGUGUAACAGCAGUCGGUUGUGACAUGCUCGUGUGGAUUUUGCUACAGUGUUGCAGUGUCUGAGUGUUAGCACCAUUAGAAUCAACACACUGAAAUAGAAGUAGGUACCAAGAGCAGACUCAUACUCCACUUUUUAUAGCCUUCUCACAAAUCCAUCACUCAACAGGAUAAGUCAUAGCUAUAACUUUUUAUAAGUCUUAUAAAUCUUCCAUCACCUCUAAGACCCACGGGAAAACUGUAAAACUGUCUUAUAAUUACAACUCUCACAGCAGGAUGUGCGUGUUUACAGUCAGUUUUGAAAAAAAAUAAAAUAAGAAAAGCUUAAAAAAAAUAGAGCAUCAAAAAGCCUUAUGAACGUGAUCAACCUCUCCGGCUGAGGGUACAAAGGUGGAAAGAAGUGCUACUCGGAUCACACACACACACACACACUACCCGUGACAAUAACCCACUUCCUUUUGUCUUAAUGCUGUAGUUUGUGCAAUAGUCUUAAAUGUUAACCGCAAUGAUGAGUAUUUGCCAAGAGCUCUCUGAGAGUGAUGUGAAAAAUUGUGCUUGUAAAUAACAGUACGACUCCUGUGUUCCUGUCACUUCUGUACGAAGGGAUUCUAGAAAUGUCCGACAUUCUCACGUUAGUGGCUUCAUGAAACUGUUUGACUCUACAAAGACAGGCUUCCCGCAGGCACACGAGGCUUCUCACUGUUAAGACGCUGUAGAAUCCCUUCCUGUCCAAAUGAAAAAGUUGCAUGCAAUGUUUUUGCGAGUCAAACCGUACCGUCAACAUUUGAAAAUUUUACGUCUUUGUACCCCUUUUUCUCAUUGAUACUGAGAUUGAUACGGACUUGGGUGAUCUUUUGUAAGAUUUUGUAAUGGAUUGUUUUGUUUGAGUGUCAAGAGAUUUCUAUGCUGUAUAAAGUAUUUUAAAUAUUUAUACCAAAUUCAUUAUG